CCUGACUGCCGGCCCCGCCCUCGGCCUUGUUACUUUUUCUGCACUCCGGCAGCCCUGCUUGCCCAGCGCCGGCGAGAGGCAGAAACGGAGAUGGCUGCCACACUGCAGCGCAUCGAGCGGCUGUCCAGUCGGGUGAUCCGCGUCCUGGGUUGUAACCCGGGUCCCAUGACCCUGCAGGGCACCAACACCUAUCUGGUGGGGACCGGCCCCAGGAGAAUCCUCAUUGACACUGGAGAACCAGCAGUUCCAGAAUACAUCAGCUGUUUAAAGCAGGCUCUGGUGGAAUUUAACACAGCAAUCCAGGAAAUCAUAGUGACCCAUUGGCACCGUGAUCAUGUUGGAGGCAUAGGAGAUAUUUGUAAAAGCAUCGAUAAUGGUCUUCCUCUGAACCUUUUCCCAUCCUACUCAUCCUAUACUACAUAUUGCAUUAAAAAACUCCCACGGAAUCCUGAGAGAAAAGAAGUUAUAGGAGAUGGAGAGCAACAGUAUGUUUAUGUGAAAGACGGAGAUGUGAUUAAGACUGAGGGAGCCACGCUAAGAGUUAUACACACACCUGGCCACACUGAUGAUCAUAUGGCCCUGCUUUUAGAAGAGGAAAAUGCUCUCUUUUCCGGAGAUUGCAUCCUAGGGGAAGGAACAACCAUAUUUGAAGACCUCUAUGAUUAUAUGAACUCCCUAAAAGAGUUACUAAAUAUCAAAGCUAAAGUUAUAUAUCCAGGACAUGGCCCGGUAAUCCAUAAUGCCGAAGCUAAAAUUCUGCAGUACAUUUCUCACAGAAAUAUCCGAGAACAGCAAAUUCUUACAUUUCUUCGUGAGAACUUUGAAAAGUCAUUCACAGCAAUGGAUGUUGUAAAAAUUAUUUACAAGAAUGUUUCUGAGCAUUUACAUCAAAUGGCCCAACAUAACGUCUUGCUUCAUUUGAAAAAAUUAGAAAAAGAAGGAAAGAUAUAUAGCAACAUGGAUCCUGAGAAGAAAUGGAGAGCUCAUCUUUAGAUUCAGCUUAAUGAAAGGUUUUGUUAUUUUGUUUUUAGAGAGUGGUAUGUUUUGUUAAUUAUGAAUUAUUUACAGAGAGUAGAGCAUGUGGAACAUUGAAAAUAACCCUAGAUAUACUUUAAAAUACAUCAUAUUUAUUCUAAAAUGUGUAAAUUACAUUUUACACCUAUAAUAUUAGCUAUUUAUCUAACCUAGAUCUUAUAAUAGUUUACCAGAAGUUCAAACGCCAACAGUUUAUCCAUUUGCAAUAGAGAAAAUAACAGUUUCUUUUAAAAUAAUAAAAUUUAUAUCACUGAAACUGGAUAUUAUUCUUUAAAGAUUAUUUAUCUGUUACCAGUGGUCAGUAAUACUGUUUUUUCUAGCUGGUUCAAUUAACAGCACAGAUUUCAGGUUAAUCCUUCCUUUUCUGAAACUUCUGUCUAUAGAUUACAGGCUUGUUUUCAUGUUUCUAUCAAUUAUAUCAUGAUUAUGUAUCAGUUCUAUAUCUCUGUAUCAUGUAUGUUUUCUUAUAAUGGCCUCCCACAGAUGAUUCAUGUAAAUCAACAGUUUGGUUUAAUAGCAAAAUAUUAAAUUUCUAACUAAA